GGUCGCUGGGAGCUGUGAUCUCACCAAGCCCCUGCCAGGAAAAGCCCCAGAAAAAGGGGAGGGAGGGAGAGCCAGAGGCUGCCGCUGCAGUUUGCAAGAACCGCAGGGGAGAAAGACGCUGCCACCCACAGCCUUCAGAGCUCAUUGCAGCUGGGACAGCCAGGAGCGGGGUUAGUCAGCAGCUCAACGAGCGGCUGCCCAGGUCCUGGGGUGGUGGCAGCCAGCGGGAGCAGGAAAGCAAGCAUGUUCCCACGCUGCCCACGCCUCUGGGUCCUGGUGGUCUUGGGCACCAGCUGGGUAGGCUGGGGGAGACAAGGGACAGAAGCGGUACAGCUAAGGCAGUUCUACGUGGCUGCUCAGGGCGUCAGUUGGAGCUACCGACCUGAGUCCACAAACUCAAGUUUGAAUCUUUCUGCAACUUCCUUUAAGAAAAUUGUCUACAGAGAGUAUGAACCAUAUUUUAAGAAAGAAAAACCACAAUCUAGCAUUUCAGGACUUCUUGGGCCUACUUUAUAUGCUGAAGUCGGAGACACCAUAAAAGUUCACUUUAAGAAUAAGGCAGAUAAGCCCUUAAGCAUCCAUCCUCAAGGAAUUAGGUACAGUAAAUUAUCAGAAGGUGCUUCUUACCUUGACCACACUUUCCCUGUGGAGCAGAUGGAUGAUGCUGUGGCUCCAGGCCGAGAAUACACCUAUGAAUGGAGUAUCAGUGAGGACAGCGGGCCCACCCAUGAUGACCCUCCAUGCCUCACACACAUCUAUUACUCCCAUGAAAAUCUAAUCGAGGAUUUCAACUCUGGACUGAUUGGGCCCCUGCUUAUCUGUAAAAAAGGGAUCCUAACUGAGGAUGGGAAACAGAAGACGUUUGACAAGCAAAUCGUGCUACUGUUUGCUGUGUUUGAUGAAAGCAAGAGCUGGAGCCAGUCAUCAUCCCUAAUGUACACAGUCAAUGGAUACGUGAAUGGGACAAUGCCAGAUAUAACAGUUUGUGCCCAUGACCACAUCAGCUGGCAUCUGCUGGGAAUGAGCUCGGGGCCAGAAUUGUUCUCCAUUCAUUUCAAUGGCCAGGUCCUGGAGCAGAACCAUCAUAAGGUCUCAGCCAUCACCCUUGUCAGUGCUACAUCCACUACCGCAAAUAUGACCGUGGGCCCAGAGGGAAAGUGGAUCAUAUCUUCUCUCACCCCAAAACAUUUGCAAGCUGGGAUGCAGGCUUACAUUGACAUUAAAAACUGCCCAAAGAAAACCAGGAAUCCUAAGAAAAUAACUCGUGAGCAGAGGCGGCACAUGAAAAGGUGGGAAUACUUCAUUGCUGCAGAGGAAGUCAUUUGGGACUAUGCACCUGUAAUACCAGCGAAUAUGGACAAAAAAUACAGGUCUCAGCAUUUGGAUAAUUUCUCAAACCAAAUUGGAAAACUUUAUAAGAAAGUCAUGUACACACAGUACGAAGAUGAGUCCUUCACCAAACGUACAGUGAAUCCCAAUAUGAAAGAAGAUGGGAUUUUGGGUCCUAUUAUCAGAGCCCAGGUCAGAGACACACUCAAAAUCGUGUUCAAAAAUAUGGCCAGCCGCCCCUAUAGCAUUUACCCUCAUGGAGUGACCUUCUCACCUUAUGAAGAUGAAGUCAACUCUACUUUCACCUCAGGCAGGAACAACACCAUGAUCAGAGCAGUUCAACCAGGGGAAAUCUAUACUUAUAAGUGGAACAUCUUAGAGUUCGAUGAACCCACAGAAAACGAUGCCCAGUGCUUAACAAGACCAUACUACAGUGACGUGGACAUCAUGAGAGACAUCGCCUCUGGGCUAAUAGGACUACUUCUAAUCUGUAAGAGCAGAUCCCUGGACAGGCGAGGAAUACAGAGGGCAGCAGACAUCGAACAGCAGGCUGUGUUUGCUGUGUUUGAUGAGAACAAAAGUUGGUACCUUGAGGACAACAUCAACAAGUUUUGUGAAAAUCCUGAUGAGGUGAAACGUGAUGACCCCAAGUUUUAUGAAUCAAACAUCAUGAGCACUAUCAAUGGCUAUGUGCCCGAGAGCAUAACUACUCUUGGAUUCUGCUUUGAUGACACUGUCCAGUGGCACUUCUGUAGUGUGGGGACCCAGAAUGAAAUUUUGACCAUCCACUUCACUGGGCACUCAUUCAUCUAUGGAAAGAGGCAUGAGGACACCUUGACCCUCUUCCCCAUGCGUGGAGAAUCUGUGACGGUCACAAUGGAUAAUGUUGGAACUUGGAUGUUAACUUCCAUGAAUUCUAGUCCAAGAAGCAAAAAGCUGAGGCUGAAAUUCAGGGAUGUUAAAUGUAUUACAGAUGAUGAUGAAGACUCAUAUGAGAUUUUUGAACCUCCAGAAUCUACAGUCAUAGCUACACGGAAAAUGCAUGAUCGUUUAGAAACUGAAGAUGAAGAGAGUGACACUGACUAUGAUUACCAGAGCAGACUGGCUGCAGCAUUAGGAAUUAGGUCAUUCAGAAACUCAUCAUUGAAUCAGGAAGAAGAAGAGUACAAUCUUACUGCCCUAGUUCUGGAGAAUGGCACUGAAUUCAUUUCUUCGAACACAGAUAUAAUUGUUGGUUCAAAUUAUUCUUCCCCAAAUAAUAUUAGUAGGCUCACUGUCAAUAACUUUGCAGAACCUCAGAAAACCCCUUCUCACCGACAAGCCACCACAGCUGGUUCCCCACUGAGACACCUCACUGGCAAGAACUCAGUUCUCAAUUCUUCCACAGCAGAGCAUUCCAGCCCUUAUUCUGAAGACCCUAUAGAGGAUCCUCUACAGCCAGAUGUCACAGGGAUACAUCUACUUUCACUUGGUGCUAGAGAAUUCAAAAAUCAAGAACAUGCUAAACAUAAUGGACCCAAGGUAGAAAGAGACCAAGCAGCAAAGCACAGGUUCUCCCGGAUGAAAUUACUAGCACAUAAAGUUGGGAGACACCUAAGCCGAGACACUGGUUCUCCCUCCAGAGUGAGGCCCUGGGAGGACCUUCCUAGUGAUCUGUUACUCUUAAAACAAAAUAACUCAUCUAAGAUUUUGGUUGGGAGAUGGCAUUUGGCUUCUGAGAAAGGUAGCUAUGAAAUAAUCCAAGAUACUGAUGAAGACACAGCUGUUAACAAUCGACUGAUCAGCCCCCAGAAUGCCUCACGUGCUUGGGGAGAAAGCACCCCUCUUGCCAACAAGCCUGGAAAGCAGAGUGGCCACCCAAGGUUUCCUAGAGUUAGACAUAAAUCUCUGCAAGUAAGACAGGAUGGAGGAAAGAGUGGACUAAAGAAAAGUCAGUUUCUCAUUAAGACACGAAAAAAGAAAAAAGAGAAGCGUACACACCAUGCUCCUUUAUCUCCAAGGACCUUUCACCCUCUAAGAAAUGAAGCCUACAACACAUUUUCAGAAAGAAGACUUAACCAUUCAUUGUUGCUUCGUAAAUCCAAUGAAACAUCUCUUCCCAAAGACCUCAAUCAGACAUUGCCCUCUAUGGAUUUUAGCUGGAUAGCCUCACUUCCUGACCAUAAUCAGAAUUCCUCGAAUGAUACUGGUCAGACAAGCUCUCCUCCAGGUCUUUAUCAGACAGUGCCCCCAGAGGAACACUAUGAAACAUUCCCCAUUCAAGACCCUGAUGAAAUGCACUCUACUUCAGACCCCAGUCACAGAUCCUCUGCUCCAGAGCUCAGUGAGAUGCUUGAGUAUGACCGAAGUCACAAGUCCUUCCCCACUGAUAUAAGUCAAAUGUCCCCUUCCUCAGAACGUGAAGUCUGGCAGACAGUCACCUCUCCAGACCUUAGCCAGGUGACCCUCUCUCCACAACUCAGCCAAACAAACUUCUCGCCAGACCUCAGCCACACGACUCUCUCUUCAGAACUCAGUCAGACAAACCUUUCCCCAGCCCUCGGUCAGAGGCCCAUGUCUCCAGACCUCAGUCAGACAAACCUUUCCCCAGCCCUCGGUCAGAUGCCCAUGUCUCCAGACCUCAGCCAUACAACCCUUUCUCCAGACCUCAGUCAUACAAACCUCUCUCCAGACCUCAGCCAUACAACCCUUUCUCCAGACCUCAGUCAGACAAACCUUUCCCCAGCCCUCGGUCAGAUGCCCAUGUCUCCAGACCUCAGCCAGACAACCCUUUCUCCAGACCUCAGUCAUACAAACCUCUCUCCAGACCUCAGCCAGACAACCCUUUCUCCAGACCUCAGUCAUACAACCCUUUCUCCAGACCUCAGCCAGACAAACCUCUCUCCAGAACUCAGUCAUACAAACCUUUCCCCAGCCCUCGGUCAGAUGCCCCUUUCUCCAGACCUCAGCCAGGUGACUGUCUCUCCAGACAUCAGUGAGACCACCCUUCUCCCUGAUCUCAGCCAGAUAUCACCUCCUCCAGACCUUGAUCAGACAUUCUACCCUUCUGAAUCUAGUCAGUCAUUGCAUCUUCCAGAAUUUAAUGAGACUUUUCCUUAUCCAGACCUUGGUCAGAUGCCAUCUCCUUCAUCUCCUACUCUCAAUGAUACUUUUCUAUCAAAGGAAUUUAAUCCACUGGUUAUAGUGGGCCUCAGUAAAGAUGGUACAGAUUACAUUGAGAUUAUUCCAAAGGAAGAGGUCCAGAGCAGUGAAGAUGACUAUGCUGAAAUUGAUUAUGUGCCCUAUGAUGACCCCUACAAAACUGAUGUUAGGACAAACAUCAACUCCUCCAGAAAUCCUGACAAUAUUGCAGCAUGGUACCUCCUCCGCAGCAACAACGGAAACAGAAGAAAUUAUUACAUUGCUGCUGAAGAAAUAUCCUGGGAUUAUUCAGAAUUUGUGCAAAGGGAAACAGAUAUUGAAGACUCUGAUGAUGUUCCAGAAGACACCGUAUAUAAGAAAGUAGUUUUCCGAAAGUACCUCGACAGCACUUUUACCAAACGUGAUCCUCGAGGGGAGUAUGAAGAGCAUCUCGGAAUUCUUGGUCCUAUUAUCAGAGCUGAAGUGGAUGAUGUUAUCCAAGUUCGUUUUAAAAAUUUAGCAUCCAGACCAUAUUCUCUACAUGCCCAUGGACUUUCCUAUGAAAAAUCAUCAGAGGGAAAGACUUAUGAAGAUGACUCUCCUGAAUGGUUUAAGGAAGACAAUGCUGUUCAGCCAAAUAGCAGUUAUACCUACGUAUGGCAUGCCACUGAACGAUCAGGCCCAGAAAGUCCUGGCUCUGCCUGUCGGGCUUGGGCCUACUACUCAGCUGUGAACCCAGAAAAAGAUAUUCACUCAGGCUUGAUAGGUCCCCUCCUAAUCUGCCAAAAAGGAAUACUACAUAAGGACAGCAACAUGCCUGUGGACAUGAGAGAAUUUGUCUUACUAUUUAUGACCUUUGAUGAAAAGAAGAGCUGGUACUAUGAAAAGAAGUCCCGAAGUUCUUGGAGACUCACAUCCUCAGAAGUGAAAAAAUCCCAUGAGUUUCACGCCAUUAAUGGGAUGAUCUACAGCUUGCCUGGCCUGAGAAUGUACGAGCAAGAGUGGGUGAGGUUACACCUGCUGAACAUAGGCGGCUCCCAAGACAUUCAUGUGGUUCACUUUCAUGGCCAGACCUUGCUGGAAAAUGGCAAUAAACAGCACCAGUUAGGGGUCUGGGCCCUUCUGCCUGGUUCAUUUAAAACUCUUGAAAUGAAGGCAUCAAAACCUGGCUGGUGGCUCCUAAACACAGAGGUUGGAGAAAACCAGAGAGCAGGGAUGCAAACGCCAUUUCUUAUUAUGGACAGAGACUGUAAGAUGCCAAUGGGACUAAGCACUGGUAUCAUAUCUGAUUCACAGAUCAAGGCUUCAGAAUUUCUGGGUUACUGGGAGCCCAGAUUAGCAAGACUAAACAAUGGUGGAUCUUAUAAUGCUUGGAGUGUAGAAAAACUUGCAGCAGAAUUGGCCUCUAAACCUUGGAUCCAGGUGGACAUGCAAAAGGAAGUCGUAAUCACAGGGAUCCAGACCCAAGGUGCCAAACACUACCUGAAGUCCUGCUAUACCACAGAGUUCUAUGUAGCUUACAGUUCCAACCAGAUCAACUGGCAGAUCUUCAAAGGGAACAGCACAAGGAAUGUGAUGUAUUUUAAUGGCAAUUCAGAUGCCUCUACAAUAAAAGAGAAUCAGUUUGACCCACCUAUUGUGGCUAGAUAUAUUAGGAUCUCUCCAACUCGAGCCUAUAACAGACCUACCCUUCGAUUGGAGUUGCAAGGUUGUGAGGUAAAUGGAUGUUCCACACCGCUGGGUAUGGAAAAUGGAAAGAUAGGAAACAAGCAAAUCACAGCUUCUUCGUUUAAAAAAUCUUGGUGGGGAGAUUACUGGGAACCCUUCCGUGCCCGUCUGAAUGCCCAGGGACGUGUGAAUGCCUGGCAAGCCAAGGCAAACAACAACAAGCAGUGGCUAGAAAUUGAUCUACUCAAGAUCAAGAAGAUAACAGCAAUUACAACACAGGGCUGCAAGUCUCUGUCCUCUGAAAUGUAUGUAAAGAGCUAUACCAUCCACUACAGUGACCAGGGAGUGGAAUGGAAACCGUACCGGCUGAAAUCCUCCAUGGUGGACAAGAUUUUUGAAGGAAAUACUAAUACCAAAGGACAUGUGAAGAACUUUUUCAACCCCCCAAUCAUUUCCAGGUUUAUCCGUGUCAUUCCUAAAACAUGGAAUCAAAGUAUUGCACUUCGCCUGGAACUCUUUGGCUGUGAUGUUUACUAGAACUGAAUAUUCAAAAACCCCUGGAAGAGGGUCUUUAAGACCUCAAACCAUUUAGAAUGGGCAAUGUAUUUACACUGUGUUAAAUGUUAACAGUUUUCCACUAUUUCUCUUUUUUUCUAUUAGUGAAUAAAAUUUUAUACAAGAAGC